GACUUCUGUCUGUUGAAAAAACUUAUUUUCGUAGUCGCACUCUUCGCUUUUAGAAAUUGCUGCGCGUUUAGUUCGGCGCGGUGUCGCCUGUUAUUCUUGUGCCCCAGCCAGUGUUGAAUUUAGAAUAUUUUCAUUUAAUUCAAAGAAAAAGAGAGAAAUAAAAACACAAUUAAAUACGAUUUCGAAUUCCCUGGCGACAGUUGGCCACAUACGAACAAGUGCUCGUGUUGUUAAUCUAUAUGUGCGAUUGGCAGUGUGCGCUUUUUUGGUUAAUGGAGAACGUAUAAAUAGCCAAUAAUGGACCCCAUAACAAACAAGAAGCUACGACUUGAACCCAUCGAGUCUAACAUGAGCAACUGAGUCCCAACGAAACGAAGAGGAAAUCGACGAGAAAGAACGAAACCCCCGAAAGGUGGCUUAAUUACUGAGAUUUUAUAUAGAUAGUUUGUAGCAGCCCAAAUCAAGAAAAUGGGUUUCACAACGGAGCGCAAGCCGCGUGUCAACAAGACGUUGAUAUCGCUUAAGGUUGUCGUGUUCUUUGUCAUCGCCGGUCUCACAGCUUUGCAUGUUCUGCAUGGCGCAAAGCCCCAGUUGCUGGGCCUUAAUUUCUCGGAGUACCGUACCAUCACCAUUUUGGCACCAUUUGUGUCGAUUUUGGGUCCCUUGAUCGUGGGUCCCUGGGCUGAUCGCUUGGCAGCCAAGAACCCGAACACUUUUGGACGCACUCUGCGAGUUUUGACUGCCGUAUUUCUGCUGAUCUCCGCCCUCAUCUAUGCCUUUCUGUUUGCCGUGCCGGAGGUUAACAGGCGGGGAGAAACUCGCGAGCCUCUGGUUAGCUUCGGGUGCGAUGAGACUGGAGGAUUCCUCUUCCAGGAGCGUUGCGGCUUGAACUCCAGUUGCAGCAGGUGGGACCAGAAGGUGGGUAAGAUCAACUUGACGCGUUGCACCUACAGUUGCCAGAAUCCCAAGCUCUACGAGCCACUUUACGUGGCCUGGUUGGCUGAGGUUCCCACCGUGGCCCCCUCCACGGAGCAGAGUUCGGAGUUCGAUUACGAGGAUGAGGGCAGCACCGCGGUCACCGAGAGUUUGCGCACCAGGAGGGAUUUGGAGGCAGCGGAUCCAGCCGAUAGUGCUGGUGUGGAGGCCAUCAGUGGAGAGGCCCCGGCCCCCGUCCACCGGUCCAUCAGGCAGGUCAAGAAGCCCCCCACCAAGGUCUACGUCCAGCCCCCGCACGUCUGUCUCACGCAGCGCAACCAGAACGGCGAGGAUGUGGUGAAGCACUGUCACGCCUACACCGAAGACACCACCAGCGUGGUGAUGGAUGCCCUCAUGGGUUCGGCGAUCAGUCAGGAGGAGCACUACGACGACUACGAGGGAUGGUGCCAGUAUCCAUUGGAGGGAUUCCAGUGCCACAUUCCUGCUGCGCAGGUGACUUACAUGAAGGACUUUAAGGACUAUAAGAAUAACGACAGCAAUUGCAAGCCUAUGAUUGAGUGCCAGGUGGUGAAUCCGUACCACGAGUCGAGUGUGCUCUCCGAUAGCGAGUGUACCAAUACCACUGGCAGCUUGCAGGAAACCCUGGUGGGCUAUACAACCAUCCGGCUGAUCGGAGACAUUUUCCCCAUGGCGGCACUGACUCUUCUGAACACUGCCAUUGUGAUCGCGGUUCGUGAGACCUCCGAGGGCAGGGGCGAGGUGUGUCGGCAGUACGUUUGGGGUGCCAUUGGCUAUGUGCUGCUCUUCGCACCGCUGAAUCUCUCGGAUUCCCAGAACGACCCCAAUGAUGUCGCCACCUUUGCUCUCAUUGUAUUUAUUGUGAGCUUCGUCUUGGGUGCCGUGGUGCUGCUCUGUGCCACUCAGAUGCCAUUGAGUCCGCCGGAAUGGUGGUGGCACACGAAGACCGGAAUGCUGGUGCUUCCCAUGUCUGCGAUUCGUCGCUAUAGUCCCGAGAUAUUCGUGCUCACCUUGGUCUCGAUUCUUUUCGGCACUUUCUGGGGCAGCAUUCACAGUUAUGCCCAAUGGACCUUCACCUUCAGCGCCGUUCGCUACUUGGGUCUGAUCCUCAUCCUGGUUCUUUUCUUCAAUGUGGACAAGUUUAUUGAGUACUGUGGUCACUCGAACAUCUUCAUCGGUGGCCUGGCCAUCUAUGUCAUUAGGUUCACUGCGCUGAGUGAUGCCCAAACUGAGUGGCUGAACGUCGUCAUGGAGACCAUCGAGCCGGUCGUAAUAGGUCUGAUUUGGAUCACGAUCAUCCUGUAUAUGCGUCAUGCUAUGCCAAGGAAACUGACGGCCACUGGACAGGCCAUCGCUGUGUUGGCCUUUUUCGGAUUGGGCAAAGGCUUCGGAGCUCUGAUUGGAUUACCUCGCGAUGAGAGGGACCCCAAGCUGGAGGUCUGGUCCUGCACCUUCCAAUGGCUGGCAAUUGUGGCCUGCGUUGUGGCUUUGGUAUAUUUCGCAAUCUACAAUCUGAUCCUUGCCCCCCGCUGCACCGCCAAGCCCCAGCACUCCGAGGAGUUGAUCUCUGGAUCGGCAUCCCAGAACUUUGGCAACACGGGAACCGGAAACGGAGCUGGCAACGGCAAUGGAGCCGGAAAUGGAAACGGAGCAGGAGCAGGAGCGUCACUCAACGGAAACGGAAAUGGAAGCUACUCACCGCUGAGGGUUUACCACAACGAGAGGGGGAAGAAGGGACAGUUUAGAUACUAAGAUACUAGGUGCGAAAUCCAGAGAUUAAUGGAUUAUUUACUCUUUGCAUGGAUCACUAAUGCUGCGCCUCUCGCUUCAAAAAAAGAGUGCGAAUGAUAUUCUUAGGUUUUAAAUGUGUACACCACGCCUCGUCCUCCUCCACCUACCGCCCCCCGCCCGCUUGAGGGCAACACUGCUAAUAGUUUGUAAUGCCUAUUUUUGCUAAGUGUAUACACCAGGAGGAAGAACAACAAAAAAGAGUGGAAAAAAAGAAAUCGAAAACAAAAACAUGACCCUUUUUUAUAUACAUAAAUCGCAUGUAGAACUUAUUUUAUUUGUUAUUUAAUGCCAACUAAGUGAGUUCAUAAUUUUAAUUAAAUCGCAAUGGGGAAGGUGACAGGAAAAAAACAAACCAACUCAUCAACUGCCCUAAUUUAAUUGCAACAAUAGCCAUGGAUACAGAGCAAAAGCAAUAAUGACUUCCCCAGACAAACACGUCGUUCUCUUUACAACGUUACAGUAAAAAUGAAGGCAUCAAUUUUUAAUGAAACAUUUGCGUGAUUUUACUAAGCAUAAUAUAUGAUGCACUACGAGCAUAUAAAUGUAACAAUAAAACAGAAAAUGUAAUUAUACAAAAAUAUAAUUAAUGGUAAUUAAAUGUUUUCAAAUUAAGCGUAAUAACUGCUGAAGA